CAGUUGGCUAGUUAGAAGUCUUUGUUGUUGUCAUCACUGCAAGUCAAAAUGUCCCGGCUGUGUAGCGGCCAACUUUAUUUUUCAUAGCCAUUCGAGGACAGAUAUUGUCAAGAAAACUUUUUCGGCUGACAGAUUUAUUUUUCCUACAUACUUUUUUUUUUGUUGUUGUUUUUCCUACACUUGUAACUGAGGAAGAAGCUCCAUCUGGAAACUUCUGACAAGGUCAUUUUAAGGUUUAGUCUACAUUGAAGGUGGCAGCCAUGGUGUUGAUUCUAGGCAGGAGGAUGAACAGGGAGGAGUCUGGGAUCAGAGACUCCCCAGCUGUGAAACGCAAGGUGUUUGAGGUUGAUUCCAAAACCUUAGCCUCCCAGGAUGUGUUGGACUUCAGCUCUGGCGCAUCACACUCGGAGGGCAUCCUGCAGGUUUUCAACGAGUUUCGCGACUGCCGCCUCUUCACAGACGUAGUCAUCAGCGUGCAGGGCCGCGAGUUCCCCUGCCACCGCGCCGUGCUCUCCGCCUGCUCUUCCUACUUCAGGGCCAUGUUCUGCAACGACCACCGCGAGAGCCGCGAGAUGCUGGUCGAGAUCAAUGGCAUCCUGGCCGAGGCGAUGGACUCCUUCCUCACCUACGUUUACACCGGCCGCGCCAAGAUCACCACUGAAAAUGUCCAGUUCCUCUUCGAGACCUCCAGCCUCUUCCAGAUUACCACGCUGCGCGAUGCCUGCGCGAAGUUCCUGGAGGACCAGCUGGACCCGUGCAACUGCCUGGGCAUCCAGCGCUUCGCGGACGCGCACUCUCUGAAGCAGCUCGCCAGCCGCUGUCGCAGCUACGCUCUGGCCAACUUCACGGAGGUGGCUCAGCACGAGGAGUUCCUCGACCUACACAUGGAAGAGCUGGAGGAGUACAUUGACAGUGACGAGCUCUCCAUCCGCAAGGAGGAGGUGGUGUUUGAGGCGGUGAUGCGGUGGGUGUACCACUGCGUAGACCAGAGGAAGCCCAUGCUGAAGGCUCUCCUGCACCACGUCCGCAUGCCUCUGCUGCACCCCAACUACUUUGUCCAGACAGUGGAGGGAGACCAGCUCAUUCAAAAUGCUCCCGAGUGCUACCAGCUUCUCCACGAGGCCAGACGCUACCACGUGCUGGGAAACGAAAUGAUGUCACCCAGAACUCGUCCACGCAGGUCGACGGGCUACUCUGAGGUAAUUGUCGUGGUCGGUGGCUGUGAGCGGGUGGGGGGCUUCAACCUGCCCUACACCGAGUGCUAUGAUCCAGUCACAGGGGAGUGGAAGUCACUGGCGAAACUUCCCGAGUUCACCAAGUCAGAGUACGCUGUCUGUGCUCUCCGCAAUGACAUUCUGGUCUCAGGUGGUCGUAUCAAUAGCAGGGACGUGUGGAUGUACAACUCCCAGCUCAACCUGUGGAUCAGAGUGGCUUCUCUGAACAAAGGCCGUUGGAGACACAAGAUGGGAGUCCUACUGGGGAAGGUGUACGCUGUGGGCGGCUACGACGGCCAGAGCCGCCUGAGCAGCGUGGAGUGUUACGAUUCCUUCUCCAACCGCUGGACAGAGGUGGCUCCCAUGAAAGAGGCCGUCAGCUCCCCGGCGGUGGCCAGUUGUGCCGGAAAGCUCUUUGUCAUCGGAGGAGGGCCGGACGACGAAACCUGUUCAGACAAGGUUCAGUGCUACGAUCCGGACACGAACACCUGGUUGCUACGGGCCAACAUCCCCAUCGCCAAGCGCUGCAUCACAGCAGUGUCUCUCAACAACCUGAUCUACGUGUGCGGCGGUCUCACCAAGUCCAUUUUCUGCUACGACCCAGCAGAGGACUACUGGAUGCAUGUGGUGCAGACCUUCAACAAACAGGAGAGCUGUGGCAUGUCGGUGUGCAACGGCAAGAUCUUCAUCCUGGGCGGCAGAGGGGAAAGCGGCGAAGCCACGGACACCAUCCUGUGCUACGACCCGGCGACGGGCAUCAUCACGGGCGUGGCAGCGAUGCCGAGGCCCAUCUCCUACCACGGCUGCGUAACCAUCCACCGUUACAACGAGAAGUACUACAAGCCAUGACCGGAGACGCACAGAGACACACACAUUCUUCCGUGAGAACAAACACUAAAGGAAACUCUUCAAACACACACACACGCACAAAAUAACCACACACUUUUUUUGUUUAUAACAGGGACGUUUUAAUACUUCAUCCCACAGUACCCGUGAGCUAAUUUAUUCCCUCGCAGCAUCAUGUAGCAGUACUCGGUGUGCUGUGACUCUUUGGUUGUUGUUAGUUAAAUGCUCUGCAGCUGAUAACACUAACAGCCCGUCUGUAAUCACAGCUAAAGUGGAAUCAGGCCGACACAGAUUUCCCUCGUCGCAGUAACGGUUGGGGCGUAAUGCAGCGUGUAAUAGAAAUAAAGAAAGCGUCUUAUAACAACAGUGAUAAGUCAAAGUAAAAAUAUCUGAGUGAAUUACCAAAAAAUAAACAUGUGUUUGAUCAUAUAAUAAUGAUAAUGGACUCGAGUCCGUAAUAAAGAAUCAAUCAAUGUUGGGUGUGAAUGAAAGAAAACAUUUUGGAUAUUAUUGCUAAAGAAAUGUGUGAAAAUAUGUUCUAAAUAUAGACUUGCAGUCAUGUCCGUGGAAAUUCAAUUUGGUUUCACGCCCAAUUGUAUAUUUUAUGGACGCUAAUUAUAUCUCAAAUGACCUGAAGCUCCAGUGACAUAAUCCGUCUUUAUAAGAUAUAACGACAGUCAUCAGUUUGAUUGUCAUGGACGCACGCCAACUCGGCUUUUAUUACCGGGCAAAGUAACGUUAGUCUGAGAUCUAGGUUGUCAAUGUGCUGAGACGGCUGCAGGUCGUGCUGAUGAACGAAAACAAGGCCUUAACACUGAACGUACCCACGCACAGCCAUUUGUCUGCAGGAUAAUUAUUUGCCAGAUGAAUAGCCAGGUCAGAUUUCUGACCUUUUGCCCACUCCACUCCAUUAGCGUCUAUGUUGAUACAGUAGAGAACCACCCAGCGCCGGUAAAGAGCUUUAAAAAUAAUAUAUAUAAAUAAAAGUGAAAAAAAAAAAAAAAGUAUCAGUCCCCCUGCUUUUUAAAUUCUUCUCCUUGAUGCUAAAAAUGGCCCAAAAAGAAAUGUGGUAAACAGUCAGCCAGCUGCUCUCCCACAGUAUCAGUUGCCAUAAAUAUGAGUUGCUCUCACCCUUCAACCCAGAGCAGAGUGAAGAGAAGAGAUAAAGAGCGCGGGGCCGUACAGAAACAUUGGCAUAAAACACAUGUGUUUCCCUCAUCUCUGCCUGUGUCAUGGCCUCACAUGUUCGGAUCUCCAACACUUUAUUUAGCUCCAUUGUGAUUAUUAUCUUAACACCCGCACACACUCAUACAUUUUCUUUUUUUUUCUUAAGUUAUAUUUGUCUCUUUUUUUUUUAAUAUUUUUAUUGUAUUGUAUGUAGCUCUACAGCAGUGUGUCUAUUUCAUAUCAAUGUUAGUCCAUUGGUGUACGGGGCUCACGGGGUGGUUUUCUAGAUGCGAGAAGCCUUUGUAGAUCAAACUCGAAGACUGCUCUGAAUAAGUGGUGUGCAUGUACGUAUGCGGUUUUUAUUUUCUACUCGGUCUGGAUGUGUCGGAGCCAAGCAGGUUGCGGUGAAAGCGACGCGCAACUUGUCCGACUCCUGUUAACAGAGCUCUUCACGCUGAUGCUAGCACCUCUCACCUGUACACGUAAAGAUGUAACUCGGGGUAACCGUAGAUACCUCCAGGUGUGUGUGUGUCUGUCUGUGUGUGGGUGUGUGUGUGUUUGCCGGUCAGCUGAGACGGCGUGUGUUAGCAGAGCUACGCACAACACGGGGCGGCGGGGUUCUGAAUGAUUCUGGAUGUUGUGGCUCAUCGGUCAGUAAAAGUCACCUUUUACUACAUGUGGUGUUGAUAGACUAGAGAAAUUGCUGUGAAUAUGACUUAAAUAUGUUUUUCUUUGUUUAACCUGUAUUUAAAUGUAUCUCUUUCUUGGUUGCAUAUUGUGUUUUCUGUAACUGAGAGCCCCAAUUGUGCACUUUGACAGAAUCCUGUUAAAUGUAGAAUUAUAUGUAUGAAAAUGAUUUUUUUUCCUUUUUUUUUUUUUUUUACUGUAUCAGUAAAUGUUCUUUGCUUUCAUGUGACGUAUAGAGGAAACGUUGAAAGUGCCCAUCGCCCGCUCUUGUCGGACACGGCUCCCUGACGUGCUGCACCUGUAACAACGACAUAAGAAAACAAUGUCUUGGCGAGGGAAGGUUGACAAAGGAGUUUGUGCAACGGAUCGUGUUAAAAGGGGACGGGUUUGCGCUUCCAUGUCUCUGUCACGGUGACAGAAGUAGGUGAGGAGGUUUCAGUUUAAACCAAACCUCCAGGCAUGUCAACAUGAGUUCAGGAUGUAAACAGGAGUGCGGACUGAAACGAAAACAUCCCCCGGGCAAACCCGAACCUCCUCUUGGGUAAUUCAGGAGCCCGACAAGAAGGGUUGAUGGGCAAGGAAGCGGUCAGGCUAAAAAAGAGAGGGGGCGCUAAACAGUGAGAGAGUGAGAGAGAGACUGAGUGUGUGUGUGUGCGUCUGUGAUUUCACUGAGUAUUUACUCAAAACGGGCCACAAACACUGUCCUGUUGUGCUGAUUUGUUGAUUGUCAUUACUGGCUUUGUAGAGGCUUUCAUUUUUUUAUUUACUUUUGAUAAAAUAAUCCAUUGUUUUUGUGUCUUUUUUUUUUUUUUUUUUGUCUUUUAUUGUGCUUGUUGUGGUGAGUCGUGGGAUUGUGUCGCUUGAGAUAUUUUGAUUCCAAUGUGCAAAUUAAACCCCUAAAAAAGAGCCAAGCUGGUUAACGGAGUUGACCGUGAACGCAGGUUGAAGCUAAAGUGGAUUUGAUUUAAUCACAAAGCUCAGAAAAACCCAAAGGGCCUGCACGCAGGAUGGAAAGACGGCAGGUCGAGGCUUCCCUGACAACUUCUGCCAUUUUUGCCGUAAUAAGGAAUAACAAACGGGGACGUAAAUUGGAUCAUUUUGAUGCAAAUCUUUGUUAUUGUGUGUAUGAUGUGACAUUCUAAGCCCACUUUCUACUCAGAUGUUGAGACGACGCGAGAAAGCCUUGGAUUUUUGUAAACUGCAGUAUGUUGAAAUGUAAUGGUUGACUUAUGUCAGAGAAACAUCAAUAAAGUUAUUCUUUUUCCGUA